UCCAACGCGCGCUCGUGGAAUAAUUGUGAAUUAAACUCAGUCCUCCGGAGCAGGUUUCAGUUAGCCAAUUCCUGCCUCUUUAUGAUAUGAAGUAUAAUUUUUUGUUAUUUCAUCCACAGGCUGAGGUUCUCACUGGGACCUUGCAUGAACUUUUUCAAGUUAAAUCUCAACUCAAGCAACAGGGUCUUUUAACUUCAAAUGAAGAAAACCCUCAGGCAGAAUUAAGGAAUUGUCACGAACAGUGGCGCUUUGAAGAGUUGCAACAGGCAAACUUGCAUGGGCAGCUAGGGGAGAAAAACCAAGAGGAAGAAAACUCACAAAUACCAUUCAGGGAGAUGGAACAACAUGUGACAAGAAUGGAACAACAACUGAGAGAACAAGAAAGACUAUCAAGCGAAAGGGAACAACAAUUGACAACUUUGCAAGGAAGAUUGCGAGAAAAAGAGUUACAAGAGGUCAUCUUGCGUGAGCAGCUGAGAGAAAAAUACCAACAAGAAGAGAACUCACAAACACGAUUGAGGGAGAUGGAACAGCAUGUGACAAGAAUGGAACAACAACUGAGAGAGAAAGAGCAUCAAUUAGAAAACUCAGAAAGAUUAUCGAGGGAAAAGGAGCAGCACUUGGCAAAUCUUCAAAGACGGUUGCUGGAAAGAGAGUCGCAAGCGGUCAGCCUACAACAACAAAUGACAGAACAAUCAAGCCGGGUCAUAGAACAGCAGAGAAUGGAACAACGACUGGGAGAGAAACACACUGCAUUAGAGAGGCUAUUUGAGGAAAAAGCGUUGCAAAACAUCAACCUGUGUAAACAGCUGAGGGAUGAACGCCGACGACAAGAAAACUCAGAAAGACAUUUGAGGGAGUUGGAACAGCAGCUAAGAGAAAAAGACGAACACGAAGGGAAUUUACAGAGUCGACUAAGAGAAAUGGAACAACAGUGGAGAGGGAAAGACGAACAAAAGGAGAAUUUACAGGGACAACUAAGAGAGAUGGAACAACAGUUGGAAAACUUACAAAGACAAUAUAAUGAUAAAGAAGGCGAAAAGGUUCACCUAGUGGAACAAGUUACAACACUAGAGGGACAGUUGAGAACAAAAGAACAGGAAGUGAAUGAAUUGGAGAUAAGUCUGUCAACAGCUCAGCAAGCACUAAGUGAUCAUCAACGCCAACAAUCCACACCUGAUUGGGUCAUUUCCCGUGAUCAAAUCCAACUGACAGAUACCAUCCUCGGUAUUGGAGGCUGGGGAAGUGUUGUCGAGGGCAAGUACUGUGGCUGUGCAGUAGCUGUAAAACAAAUCCAUGAUUUGAUUCUUUCUCCACACAACCGUAAUCUGUUUGAACGAGAAAUGGACAUUGCUUCAAGAUGCCGCCAUCCUUGUUUGCUUCAAUUCAUUGGAGCCACUCAUCACGAGGGAAGUCCUUUGUUUGUAACAGAGCUUAUGGAGUCAAGUCUACGAGCAUUGUUAGAGCAGAGACCACUCACUGCGACAGAAUUGUCAAUUUUAUCUCUUGAUAUAUCUCAAGCGUUAAGCUACCUUCACCAAAAGAAACCUUCUCCGAUUAUUCAUCGUGACAUCAGCAGUGCUAAUGUGUUACUAUGGCGACAGGGUGACCAAUGGCGAGGCAAAGUGUCAGAUUAUGGUACUGCCAACUUUAUGCAACAUACCAUGACAGUUGGCCCUGGAGCUACGAUUUACAUGGCUCCUGAAGCACGCACUUCAUAUCAAACAGUCAAGGUUGACGUGUACAGUUUCGGCGUUCUGCUCUGUGAAAUGUGCAUCCAGGAAUUACCAGAUCCUGAAAGGCGUGGUCAGCAAAUUGCGAUGGUCACAAACCGUCAGCUUCGUGCCCUUAUACGGAGAUGUGUACAACAAGAACCUGCGGCGAGACCAAAUAUGGAAGAGAUUAUUGAAGAACUUGAAGAACCAGUUCAAUAGCGUAUGAUAUAGCUACAUUAGAAUUCUCGAUCUACAUUAAAGUUAAAUUAUCUUUCCAAUAUGUAUUUCGGGACCAGUUGUCAUCAGAAAUGGAAUAACUAAGGGCUAGAUUUCAGAUUUUUCAGAUUUCUUUUCUAUUAUUUUAAACAAUCAGUCAAUCAGUUAAUAAAUAUUACAUGAUAAUGGCUGAUUGCUAAAGCGGCCUGAAUAGAAUUGAUUUCCAUUUGAGUGAAACAGUGACGGUUUCUAACUGUAAUUGCAGACAAUUAUAGACAAUUGGAUUAAAUCCUUUUUUAAACCCUGGAAGGAUUUCAUUAUUUCGAACCCAUGCUUAAGAAAACUGUCAUUUUGUUUUCUUUUUGUCUCUCACGGAGAACGAAGAUUGAGAUAAUUAUCCCAACAUAGCUCUUCGAAGGAUACCGGGUAGCAUUUUUAUAUGUAUGAAAACCUAAAGUGUAAGAUGGUUUUCGCACGAAAAUGCAUCUGGGCUUUUUAUCAUCUAUUUACCCAAACAAAUAGGUAAUUCUAGGUAGGUGUAAAGCUGGGUAGGGCUGCUUAUAGAAAUGAACCGAGGGAAUUGUUUUUGUACUGAGACCUUUAAAUGAAGAAAUAAGUUACUUUCACAUAAAUUUCAAUUUUAGUCCGAAUAGCUGUUAAUAGAGAAAAAGAUGGUGCAAAAAGUGAGUAAUCUCUCAUCAUUUAAUUUUAUGAGGAUUCGUAAGCAAUUUACUGAAAUAUAUUUUCCGUGAUGUCAGUUAUACUCUGAUUGGCUGAUUAAUAACACUAUAUUAGUACUUAUAAAGUAAGAAUACCUUAUAUUGUUUCAUGAGCUUUUGAAGAAUGCAUAGCAGGCAGUGUAGCUCGUUUAAGGUGAACUUUUGUUAAUCCGUGAAUACCGCCAGGGAGUCUUGAAAGAUUUUCUGUUGACUGCUUAGUAAGCGAUCAUCUUCUGCCUUUCAAGUUGUUUCAUUUUUAUACAAAUUUUGCCUCUUUGGAGGAUUUCUACAGCAUUAAGAUAAUGGUCUUUGUUUCAAGAUUUCUGAGAAUCCCCCACCCAACAUUACAACACUAUUAAGCACUAUUUUCUGGGUCUGGGUUUCUUUUCUUGUGCUUUCACUUUUUUAUAAAAAUAACUUUAUGUUUCGACUCCAAAGAAGACACACCGCUAAUGGCUCUAAUUAAUAUUCUCAGCUCAUUACAUGACGGUAGCGAGCUCAGUUUGAUGAAUGGAGACAACAACCCUGCUGCGAUUAAUUUGCCUCGAUUGUGGCUUUUACUCUUGCGUAACGAAAAACUUAUCCUGUCACUACAUGAAGUGAUGACAGCAAUAACCACCUACGAGCAGCGACGUUUACACUAGGGCGGCUAGGAGUAAAGAGAGGACCUCUCUUUGGCGACACACCUUUACAUAGGAAUCUGAUAUAGCCCAUAAAGCCAAUUGUUCUCCGCCAAACAGAUAUCCUUAACAAUUACCCUUUCUCGUCUUACAUAAACCUAAUUAUGCAUGCCGCAUAAUUGGUGGCUUUUAAAUAGCUAAUAGAGGAAAACUCGAAAACCUUACGGUCCUUUUAGCUAAGCUAAGCUCCUUUUUUUAAAUAAUUACUUUCUUUUUAUCUUCUUAAUCAACUUCUAAUGUACUAAAUAUCUUCCAUGUAAACGUUUUUCCAAGUCAAUAAAGAUUAUUGUUAUUGUUAUUGUUA